AUGGUACGUGCACGGCGCGAAGAACACGGCGCAAAAGAGUCAAUUUCUUCCUCCCUGCCCCUGAAACGCAGUGCAUCGCCCGACGACGGCGCACGGAAAAAUCCAAGCAAAAUAUCUCUCUCCAUGUGGCUCGCGUCGGCAGGCGAGAGCACGGACCCUGGCCAGCUUCCGCCGCCCGUCACCUGUGCCGCAGCGCGGCUCGAGGACCGUGACUCGGUGUUUAUUGGUUACGUAUACCCAAUCACCAGUGCGAGUCCGACGGCAAUUAGUGCGCGACUUGAGAACUUAAAGCAUACGGUCCACCCCGCGAUUCCCCCAGCAACGCUUCCCCCCCCUUUUCAGCAUGCGUCUGCACAGCGGCGCGUAAGCACGCACGACAUAUACGCAUACAGAGUUUUGCAGCUGAAACGCGGGCGUUCCGGGCUAGGUGGUCCUGAUGAUUUUGGAAUUGAGCAAGGCACAGAAGAUGACGGGGAGUCGUGGGGUGCUGAAAAGGUGAUGCGUGUGAUCCGCGAGUUGGGCGCGAGCGAUGUGAUGGUCGUAGUUAGUCGAUGGUACGGCGGCGUGUUGCUGGGCCCUGUGCGUUUUGAGCACAUUCAAAAUGUUACUCGUGCAGCACUGCAGCAUUUUUUAGCGCUGGAAAAGCUCGCACAUUUGCGUGCGAAGCUCCAAGACAUGGACCGCACCAUUUUCACCGCACGCCAUCCCGGCACGAAAAUGAACAACGUACAGGAGUAUCCAACAUUGACGUUGGAAAAUGCGCAGCGACUUUUGCUUGCGCGUACAAAGACGCUCGAGGUGCUGGAGAAGCGUGGUGCGGGAAGCGUAUAG